AGUCUAACGGUUUAUCAUCGGAGGUGAGAGUUAAGCGACAAAGUGGGAGAACUCUAGGCCCUAGCUUAGAGACGGUGAAAAAGAAUAGAAGAUUAGGAGGCUUCUUUGGGUCUGUCUGACGCAUCAGCCUUACCUUUUAAAGCUUAUGUAGAAACUGGGUGCGAUAGGCCGCGAGUUAAUUAAAAUGAUCCAACAACCAUUAAUUCAUUACACAAUCUUGUUAGAAAACUCACCGCCAAGGGCCGUAAAAUCGUUGGAAAACGUAACUCGGGCACCAGCGGUGACGAUUUAGAUUGAUUCGGUUCAAAAAUCGAGAUUCUUAAAAAAAAUUAAUUUUUACUCGUUUCAUCCUAUAAUCGCGUAGUAUAUAUAAAGAUUCAUGAUGUUUUCAUGAAAAUGGCAAAAAAGCGAAGAAAUUGAUGUAUAAUUCGUGAAAAAUUAUGAGCCGUCUGAAUCAAUAUUGCAUAAAACCUAAAAGUCUAAAGAAGAAGACAACUUGUAAAAGUCAUAAUUGCAUUUAAUUAAACUUAAUCAUAAAACAUGCAAAACACCCGUGGUUUUUAUUCGAAUUCGAGUUGUUAACAUUUUUAAAGAUGCGUAAACCACUGCUGUAACUGAUAUUUAUUGUAAGUUUUUACGAAUAAAUAAUAUAUUAAAACAAAAGCAUAAAGAUGGGUCUCACCAAAAUAAAUAAAAUGCUGAGGUGAACACCUCAAAGAACAAACUCAAUCAUUAUAAUAUAGAUUUGUCCACUAUAGUAACAAAUGUUGACACAAACAGGGCUAGACCUAUCAAAACCGAAAAUGUAACCCCACAGACCAAAAAACGGACAUAAAAAACUCCCACAAACUGUGGCUAUGAAACGUUACCCCAUAUAAUAGGAGCCACCUGAAUUACUGGAUUUCAAAUUCCAACUCGAUAUGAUGGUUCACAGGUCAUCACGUAUCUGCUUUUACAAGAACCUCCUUGACCAUUUAGUGGUGUGUUCACCCACCACCAUUAGUAUAAGACAACUCAAAGUCUCGACUUACCCCUUGGUAACAUCUUUUUUCCGACCUACGUACAUUUAUGAUGAGUGCAUUGCCCUAUUUGUUUUCGCACUCGUGGUCUCCAGUCCCGCGGUUGAGAAUCUCCUUUUCACAAAUGCAAACAGUGCUAAAAAACAUAGCAUGGUUGCAACUUGCAACAUUUAAAAAAAAAGAUUGUGUUGUGGAAUGGAGUUGAAGGUUGAAGCUGCUAAUUUGCAUUCAAGAGUAAUAAACAAAUUUUGCAUAUCCAUAGAUCAAAAGUUUUAGUUUUAAAUUUACACAAAAAGCUUGAGUUUUUUACAUGUGUGUAUGAAAUGUGUCUAUUUAUGAACCUACACAGUUAAAUAUUCAUUUUUUAGAAUGUACUUAUUCCAAUUGUCAUAAUACCUGUUUGUGAAAACGAACUAUUUCCACGGAUUGAAUGCAGUGAUUAGUGUAUAUAUAUAUAUAUAUAUAUAUCAUAUUAUAUAUUAUAUAUAUAUAUAUAUCGCUUAAUUAUUAUUAUAUAUAUUGUGUGUUUUUUAAAACAAAUGUACAAAAAAAGUUAGGAGAUUUGUCUUUUAUCGUCCAGUUAGGAGAUUUAUACCUGCAAGAAAGCUAAAAGUCAAACGUGAGCUCAACAAUAUGACGAAAUCUUGGUUUGUAAUUAAAAUAUGCAUGCACUAACAGUUGUCUCUAGUUCUAUACAACAUUGGUCUAAACCCCCCCCCCCCAGAUCAAUUCCCAACGCCAGAUAAUAAAUCUAUAUAUGAACUUCAUGUUAAUUUCUUAUGAAACUAACUAGUUGCUAGUUAAUUAAACCCACAUAAAGUUUUAGCUGGUGAUAAAUCAUUAUGAAAAGGAAAAUCAUUAUUAAGCUCCUCAUACUAUGUGUCAUAUUUAUACAGACCAACUAAUCAUUGAAUACUGAUCAUAUCGCAUAUUGAAACAUUCCUAUUAUAAUAUUUUUAUUUAACCACAUAUAUAUGUAUGUGUAGAUGCCUUUUCAUGGUGACCCACUUACUUAUCUCUUACCUUAGGCCUGAUUGAGUCUCCAUCUUCUUCUUCCUUCUUCACUUGGCCUUCACCAUCUUCUCUCUUUUGAACUCUUUUUUUUUCAUAAUUUCUCACGAAAUUAUGUUUUUUCAUUAAGAUUCAUUUUGUUCAUAAUAUGUUUUGUGAUUUAUCAAGAGAGGUUUAACCAAAAGAUGAAAGAAGCAUAGAAUCGAAAGAGAGGCUGUUCCUUUAUUCUUCUACUUUUGCUUUUAUCAUUUUUCUCCAAUCAAUCUCUAAGAUUAAUUUCAGGUAAAAUUCUCCUAAGUCAUAUACUACCUUUUGUAAACAUUGAGACAAAACAAACCAAUUAUAGUGCUCGUGUAUUAAACUGAUGUAGUUGUGUAUAGACGAUGAUCAACUUAACAAUCAUUCAUUUUGACUAAAAUACUGUCAAAUUAUAUAAUACCAGCAUCAAUGUGUUUCUUUUAUACAGUUAAUUUUUGAUGCUUAAGAUCUUACAAUAAAAGUUGUAGUCACAAAGGCAUUAGUUCCAAUCUUGUUGUACAGAAAACCUUAUUCAUAUAUCACAUGCAUUUAGGUACUAUUUUCACUUUAUUAUCUUCUCCUUCGUUUCUUUCUUUAUUUUGUAUAUAUGAAUGUAUAUGAUUUAUUAGUAAUUACUAAAACCUUCAUGUUUUUUGCUAAUGAAAAUAAAACUUUUAAGUGGGAGAGAGGAGAUUGUUUGCUGGGCUUCAACUAUCACCUAGAAAGGAUACUAUUUUCCUAGUAAUCAAGUUUACAAAACAAUAAUCCAAGACAAAUUUAGUCUGCAUUUUUGUGAUCUCUUCAACAUGGCAAUGAAAAUGAAGGGCAUCUACAAGGGCUUCAAAUGUAUCUCUCAAAUAUUUGCCGGGGAGAAAGAGCGCGAUGAAAUUGAAAUUGGGUAUCCAACAAAUGUAAAACAUGUCUCUCAUAUUGGCUGGGAGGGUUCUUCUAGUAGUGGUCCUGGUUGGAUGAGUGAGUUCAAGGUCGGAGCUGAGGUUUUGUCUCCAAGGGCAUCAUCGUUUAGUAAUGCAAGACCUUCUACUUCUUUUUUCACCUCGUCUUCAACUGAUUUUGAUCAAGGGUCGAGUAAACGAACAAUAUCUGAUACACUAAGAGAUGUACCUCCAGUUACUCCAAUAAAUUUACCUAAACAUAGCAACAAGAAAAGUAGUAGAAGAAAGAAGUCAGCUUCAUCAUCAUCAUCUCCAAAAUCUUCAAGAUCAUCUAUUUUUUCUAAAUCUUCGUAUAAAUCAACUGUAUCCCAACUAAUCUAAACAUAUAAGAGUAGGUGCAAGAAAGAAAAAAAAAAGUCAAAAGUUUGAUCGCCUUUGUGCAUAAUUGAGGGGGAUUUUUUUUGCUGAUUUUUUUUUUGAUUUGUUCAUAUACGUAGACAUGUGUUCAAAGUUUGAAUGUUUUAUAUAAAAUAAAAAGACUAGGAAAUUUUUUUUUGAAAGUAGAGGUAAAACUAUUUAGAGAAAAAAAAUCGAAACUUUGAGACGUUUUUAUCCAAGUCUCGAACAAGUAUCACACCUUCAUUUUGGAGACAACGUUAUAUAUCUCCAGAAAAUGGGUCAUAUUUUCCAAAAGUGAAUAUUAUAUUAUUAUGUAAUGAUACUCAUUUGAACUUUAGAGAUAGUUGACUCAAACAGACUUAUUUUUACAUGCGAUGGAUAAAAAAGCUAUAGACCAAAUAAUGUAUGGCGAGAAAGGAGAUCUGGGGAACUUAUGUUAAGCUCUCCUGCCUUGAACUUGUUUCUAGUAUCAAUAGUUCUUAUCCACUGCGGAUAGCGCCCUCAUGAUCUUGAAUUUGACCUCAUCGGGGUAAAAUCUAUAAAUAAAACUCUACUUAUCAAUUAAUUCUCUCACCCGUAUGCUUUAUUUAACUUAAAUACACAAGACGGUCUACUUUUUCAACGAUUUUACUAUCAAAGUCUUACACUUUUUCUCGGUUUUUUACUUAAUAAGAUAUAUCUAAAAGUUAAUACGCAACAUAUUUAUCAUCUUUUAUAAUAUAAAGCACAAGUCAAUUGGCAAUUUUGGAAGUGAUGACCUGUGUCAUCAAAAAGUUUUAACAAAUUUUUUUGUGUUGGUUUUGAAAAAAACGAUUGAAACAAAAAUUAAUUAACCCGAGUGAAAUUAAUUACACGACUACCACUUUCCAUUAUCACUCACUCUAUAACUGUUUUUGUUUUUAUGCCCACUAUCUCAACUCACAUGUGAAAUUAUAUAAAUAAGUACAAAUUUUCUUUUAAAACUUACCAUCACCAAUAGCUUUUCUCUUUUAUUCGAUGUAAACAAACAUAUAUAUACGUUUUACUGGGUUUGUUUGAUAAAUCCCCAUUAUUGGUUUAUAAAGAUCUCAAAGUUAAGAAGUUUUGUGCUCCUGGGUAAGUAUUGUUUUACACUUUCUUCUAUUGAGUUGUGAGUAUUUAGGAUUUUAAUUGACACUCUUCCCAAAUUUGCAGACAAAACAAAUGACUAUCAUGAUCCCACUGCUUCCAGAGUCCAUACAUUUUUGUAAAUCAUGUUUUUUAUAGGUGUAUUCUUUCCUUUUUAUAAACCUUACGUAUUGUUUGUUGUUUUAUCGUGUGUUUAAUUUUUUUAUGAAUUUUGACUUAUAUGUUUUUUUAAACGAGUAUGAUUUUUUUUAAUAUUUUUAUAAAUAUUUUAAAUAACAUUUAUAUAUAUUUUUUAAAAACAUGUAUAUUUAUACCGCUCAUAUGUUUAGAAUGAUAAUAAUUUUUUGUACUAACAUUUAAAUUAAAAAUAUAAUGUGCUCCUGUAUAGCAGGGGCCAUAAUACUAGUUCCUUCUAAUUGUAGAGUUUUGCACCGUUGUUUCAUUGUUUCUUCGGGUUUUUGGCUAUCCGCCGCUGUUUUGUGAUUUUUUUAAUAUUUACUAAUUCUAAUCUUUGACAUAUGUGAUUAUAAGAUUCUAAUGUUUGAUAGAUAUAAAAUUUUAUUAUAAAUAUGGCUUUGAUAAUUUAGGUACUUACAAAACGGUGAAGCAUUAGAUCUAUUAAAUUUAUUAUUUUUCAAAAGUUUCAAUAAAAAAAAGGGUAAAACAACCAUUUCUUUGGUCAACUUUAUAUCAUUUUAUUAGAGCAUCUCCGCUUAGAGUUUUUGUUGAAUACUCAGAAAUAAAAUAAUUAAAAUUUGAAAGGUAGAGAAAAACAGAAACUUUUUUUAUUAAUAUAUAUUUUUUUAAAUUCUCUACAGAAAUUCUUUAGCUAUUUCAACUUGAGAAUAAUUUUAAAACUUAACUAUUUAAUAGAACAUAUUAAAAUAAUAAUAUUUUAUGAUUAAGAUUCUUAAUAUAAGUUUUUCGCCGUUGAAAAUAUUCUUAGUGAUCAACUAUCUAUACGAUGAAUAUGACGGCAUGAAAAGUCUUAACCACAACUUGAUGGAAAAAAAUUAAAAUGUAACUGAGGGAGAACUUUGAAACUAUAAAGACAAAUAAAAUCGAUAUUAGAAAUAGUUUACACAAUUCUUAUAAACAACCAAAAUUUAAACUGCUAGCAAAAAAAAAAAAAGCAACCAAACUUUGAUUUUAAACAGUUUUUAUCAUGCAACUGUGGGAGUACUCCGGCGACUUAGGAAUCAUUUGCGUAAAGGAUUACCUUGAUAACUUGAAGGGCAUGUUGCCAACUCAGUCUCUUUACAUAUAGACAUUGACUUCUCUAUAUUAGAGCAUAUAUUGGUUGGGUAAACAUAUAAAAAUUAUAAAUUAAACCAAUUGACAACUACAUAUUGGUUUGAAAGAAACAAACAAAGAUGACAAAAAAUAGUACUACAAAUUGAGCCAAGUCCCAGCCCACUAGUUUAGCAUUUUUAAAGAGGGGAAAAUAAAAUUAGUUAUUGGACAAGAAAAAGUCUUAACUAUAGUUUACUAGUAAUUAGUAACACUUAUAUGUAUCACAUAUUUUCUAAAUUGUACUUCUAAACAUUUUAAGGAAAAAAUGCGUAUCUAUAUCAAUUAAAAACAGAAUUAUCAUAUGAAAGUAAAUUUGCAUUUAAGUGGAAUAUUACAGAAAAAAUAGAUUAUUUUAUUUAUGGAAUAUUACAGAAAAUAGACUAUUUAAAAAAAAACAACCAUGGCUAGAAGCCUAGAACUUUCAUUCAUGGUAGUAGUUAAAUCAUUAUUUAUAAAUAGAUUAUUUUAAUAUCAUUCGCAAUUAUAAAUGAGACUGUUCCAUUAAGUUAUGUAUUUUAACUUUUACAUAUUUCCUAAAUAAAAUCUUAUAAAAUAUUUAUUUCUAAUCGUUUAAAUCUAUAUAAUAGUAGAUGAAUUUGUACUCACUCUACAUGGGCAUAUUGUGAGACCUGUUGAGAUGAGAGAAUAAAGAUGUGAUAUAUUGAGAGAGGAAGAGAUUUGGAGCAGACAGUAACUUUGGAGAGUUACCACAGUAACUUUAUUGUUACUGUGGUAACUAAAGAAGUUACCAUAGUAACCAGGGUAACUCGGAUGACAAGGAGGAAUUACCUUAGGUUGUCUACACUUGAUCUGAGUAUGGGAAGGGAUAAGAGAGGAGACUUGGACAGGCUGUCACUGGCUGGAAAGGAGAAGAGUGAUUUAGCACUAUUAGAAGCAUGUGAGCAAUCUCAGCCAUGGGAUUUACAGCCUGGCCUUUGACUACACAUGCUUAUCUUAUCCCCUUAGAUUGAUUUCGAAAAUGCUUCUUCCUUUUGUAUAUAUCUGAUGUAAACUCUCUCAUAAUUAAUCUAAUGGAGUUUUGAG